AUCAUUCGAAUGAACUUACUUUGCAACCCCUCCGGGCAUGCGCUAGCGUUUCGUGCUGUAGAUUGGGUUGUCGAGAGGAACAAUCUGUACACCAAGGUCAUAUACAGAGGUGGAGGUCCGAAUGGUACAAUUGAACACAUUAUUAAAGAAUCCCCUCUGAUCGAGGUCUACCGUAACUGUCAUGUCGUCAUCGAAAACGGAUUCCACCUUCAGCAUCAAACAAUUCGUCAUGCACAACCUGAAAUGAUGAAUACAAUCCGUAAGUUGUCAACGAGAAUAAAGGAGAACUACGCACAUAUAAAGAAGGAGGGUCAGAAGGCCCUGUGGUCGAUUCCUGAUCAGAUCAACGAAGGGAUGGUGCUGAUGCAAGAGCAGAAAAUUGUUAGCGAGGAAGAGACAGCCGUUUUCAACGUCGACAGAGAUGACUUUAUUGACUAA